GACUAUCAUACCUGUUAACUACCCGUAAUAUUUGCGAAGCGACUGAAUCUUGAGAAAUUGUUUCUUAAGAACUGCGAAAAUUUUACUAGUCUAAAGCUUGAGUUUUAAGUACGUUAGGACUAUGUUUCCCUUGGCCGUGAACCGUUUAUCUCUAGCUUUAUAUGUUGAUAAGAGGGGCAUGGCACAGUUGUUAAAGAUGAUGAAAGCCGUGCGAAUUCACAAAUUUGGCGGGCCAGAAGUUUUAAAAACUGAAUCCAUCCCUAUUCCAAGCAUAAAACAUAACGAGGUGCUUAUUCGUGUUAGGGCUGCUGGUAUUAAUCCCGCCGACACGUAUAUUAGAAGUGGUGGUUAUGGACUCUUGCCAGAACUACCUGCAAUUCUGGGGAAGGAUGUAGCUGGAGAAGUAGAGGAAGUCGGCGAAACGGUGAAGAACUUUAAGAAAGGCCAGAGAGUGUUUGCAGAGUUGCAGGACAGGAAUGGUGGCUAUGCAGAGUAUGUCGCUUGUCCAGAAGAUAAUGUUUUUCCACUGGCACACAGACUGACCUUUGCACAAGGAGCUGGUCUUUACAUUCCAUAUGUCACAGCCUACAGGGGACUGGUAACAAAGUGUAAAGCAAAGGCUGGGCAGCUGUUGUUGGUGCAUGGGGCCAGUGGUGCUGUGGGUGUGGCAGCUGUGCAACUGGCAAAGUCUCUCGGUCUCACUGUUGCUGGAACUGCAGGAUCAUCUGAAGGACUUGAACUGGUGAAAAAAGUGGGAGCUGAUCAUGUGUUCAAUCACAGGACAGAUGGUUACCUGGAAAAUGCGGUAAAGACUGUUGGAAAGUUUGACAUUAUAUUUGAAAAUCUUUCUAAUGUGAAUCUGGGAGCAGAUCUGACAGUUAUGAACAAGAAUGCAUCUAUAGCGAUUGUGGGAUGUCGAGGAACAGUUGAAAUAAAUCCGAGGCUUAUAAUGCAAGCAGAGGCAACAGUGAAUGGUGUCUUCCUCUACAACUCAACUUCAGAGGAGAGACAGGCUGCUAUUGACAAUCUCUUGGAUGGAAUUGCCAAAGGUUGGGUCAACCCUGCCGUGGCUAAGGAGUACAAGUUUGAGGAAGCUCCUCAAGCUCACCACGACAUCAUCCAUACCAAGGGAGCAACAGGCAGGCUUGUGUUAGCUCCCUGAGGAUGCAUUUAGAGGGCUGUGCAUAAAUCACACCUGCUAAUAUCCUUCUAUUGUUCGGUUCAAUGUUUCUAUAAGUGGAAAUCUGGGUUUGGGGGUUGACUGUGAGCAGCAGUAUUUUAAAUGUUUAUUAUGGUUCAUUAGUGCUCAUCUGGUGAUACUUUAAUUUCAUGAAGUGGAUUGCUACUUUGUUAUUUCAUAGCAGGAACAAAACGCAUACUUACCAGGUGUUACAACAAUGAGCAGAAUGAAUGUUUAGUGAACAGAGAGACAUCAUUUGAUUUGAAAAUGAAACUGAGAUUAUUUACAUGAUGGAGGUACAAUAAAUGCCGUGGAAAAGGCACAGCUUACCAAUGGACUGUGUAAAUGAGUUAUGGAUGAAGUUGUUGGAUGAUUUAGUGUAGUGGAGUUUAGUUUUAACAAGCUAGAGCUCAUGUAAUAUGGUGUGUCCUGAAGUGAUAUAUGUCUAUGGAGUCAGUGUCCUUCAAGUAAUCUUUUGUUUUGUUCAGACAUACAAUCAUAAACAAAUGGAAUUAUGACACAUAUAAUUGCAACUUAACUGAAAUUGUACAUGAAAUUAUGAUACAUGCAGUUGAAAUGAACUGAAAUUGUUAUUUUGUUGUUAAAUUGCAUUUUACAUAGAUUAUUUUUGGUAAAUAACAUAAAAUGUGUAAUUUGAACACAAGCAAAAGAUAGAGCAAAACAAAGGAAAUUAA